UGGGGUACUUAUGAGGUUUCCAGCUGUGGACAGUAGAGAGGCCAGUGUCCAAACUCAGGCCACCUGAACACCACUGUUCACACCUGCAAAGGCUAAGGGUCAUCCAGCCUUCAAGAUGCCCAAGGGGAACCAGCAACCUCAAGAUCUCGACACCACCACCACCGAGGGCAGCCACCCACCCCAACCCGCUCAAAAAUGCAACAAUCCGAGGCAGGCCCCAGAGCACACCCCUGCAGUGACCGAACAGAAGGCGACCACACCCCGAGGGAGAGGCCGGGUGGGGUCGGCGACACGCACGCAGUCCUCCCAGUCCAAGCUCUCGGGCCAGGGUUCGCGAACACGAGGUCCUCCUGCAGGCCAGCGGAACCCAGAGCGGACCAACGCCGCGGACCCAAGCAAGGGCAAGGGGCCGGCCUCGGGGCGGCGUGACAAUCGGCAGCGGGCGCCCUCCACCCCGAAACCGGAGCCCUCCACUCUGAAACCGAAGCCCUCCACCACGAAGCCCGAACCCUCCACCCCGAAGCCCGAACCCUCCUCCACCCCUGAUCCCCCCACCAUGGCCCGCGGCGGCAGUCAGAACUGGAGCUCCGGGGAGUCGGACGGCCAGCCAGAGGAGCAGACGUCCGAGGAGAGCGGAGACAAGAUGGUGAAGGAGACCCAGUACUAUGACAUCCUGGGGGUGAAGCCCAGCGCGUCCCCGGAGGAGAUCAAGAAGGCCUAUAGGAAGCUGGCGCUCAAGUACCACCCGGACAAGAACCCGGAUGAGGGCGAGAAGUUUAAACUUAUAUCCCAGGCAUAUGAAGUACUUUCAGAUCCAAAGAAAAGAGACAUCUAUGACCAAGGUGGAGAGCAGGCGAUUAAGGAAGGGGGCUCGGGUAGCCCCAGCUUCUCUUCACCCAUGGAUAUCUUUGACAUGUUCUUUGGUGGUGGAGGACGGAUGGCUAGAGAGAGAAGAGGCAAGAAUGUUGUACACCAAUUGUCAGUAACUCUGGAAGACUUAUAUAAUGGAAUCACUAAGAAACUGGCCCUCCAGAAGAAUAUAAUUUGUGAGAAAUGUGAAGGCAUCGGUGGGAAGAAGGGGUCCGUGGAGAAGUGCCCUCUGUGCAAGGGGCGGGGGAUGCAGAUCCAUAUCCAGCAGAUCGGGCCGGGCAUGGUGCAGCAGAUCCAGACUGUGUGCAUCGAGUGCAAGGGCCAGGGCGAGCGCAUCAACCCCAAGGACCGUUGCGAGAGCUGCAAUGGAGCCAAAGUUAUCCGGGAGAAGAAGAUUAUCGAGGUACACGUGGAGAAAGGUAUGAAGGAUGGGCAAAAGAUACUGUUUCAUGGAGAAGGAGAUCAGGAGCCUGAGCUGGAGCCUGGCGAUGUCAUAAUUGUGCUUGAUCAGAAGGAUCAUAGUGUCUUUCAGAGACGAGGCCACGAUUUGAUCAUGAAAAUGAAAAUUCAGCUUUCUGAAGCUCUUUGUGGCUUCAAGAAGACAAUAAAAACGCUGGAUGAUCGAGUCCUCCUUAUUACAUCCAAGUCAGGUGAGGUGAUCAAGCACGGAGACCUGAAAUGUGUGCGCAACGAGGGAAUGCCCAUCUACAAAGCCCCGCUGGAGAAAGGGAUGCUGAUCAUCCAGUUCUUAGUGGUCUUCCCUGAAAAACACUGGCUUUCUCAGGAGAAGCUCUCUCAGCUGGAGGCCCUGCUCCCCCCUCGGCAGAAGGUGAGGAUCACAGAGGACAUGGAUCAGGUGGAGCUGAAGGAGUUCAAUCCCAAUGAGCAGAACUGGCGCCAGCACAGGGAAGCCUAUGAGGAGGAUGACGACGGGCCCCGCGCUGGUGUGCAAUGCCAGACGGCAUGAGGGCGGCGCGGUGUAGCGUGGCCUGGUCGGACUAGCACAUGACGAAUGUAACCUUGGCACAAUGAAAAUGGCAUCGCUUUAAUAGCCUCGUGUUUGGGGUGUCCUGUGUAUGUGUUCAGCAGUCUCCAUUGCUGAGUUGUCUUUUGGGUUUGCUUGUUUCUCUUCUGGUUGUAACUUAAGUUGUAGCUUGAUUUCUAUUUAAAUGUUUUAAGUUCAAUCAUGUCUAGUCUGCAUAUGGAAUCUGUUCAUUUGUACUUUCAGGACAUACUCUGGAGAUGGUAGUCCCACACUGACCCUUUGUGCUUUUAGUGGCUUCGCCAUGGUUCAGUUCCACAGUAGGCACCCAUGGCCACACUUGGCCCCUAACAAAGGCCGAGAAGGUGGGUGUCUGGCCCAUCUCUCAUCUGUGGUUUCUCUUCCCUUCCUCCCUUGGCAGUCACCGAGGGUAUGAGCUCAGGUCUGCUGGUAUCUCUGGAUCUAGUCUAGAACUCCCCGACAGUAAAAGCACAUGUAUGGCUUGCACUUGGCCUAGCAUGCCUGUUCACUGAGGAGGCUCCACUCAAAAGCUGCAGGCCGGUCUAGCUCUACUCGGGUGUCCCCUUGAAUGGUUGGAGAGGGGUUUGUCUAACCAUCUGUCUUGGAAGUUGUCUGAACUUUCCAGGCCUUGUGAUGACAACCUCUUUUUAAAUAAGCCAAUAAAGCCAUUUGCCUGUGACCCACCA